AGGUGGCCGACCUCUCGCGAGACUUUGCUUGUGUCAGGGCGCCCGGGCCGGCUGUGAGGGAGCUGAGGCUCGACUUGAAACUGAAGCUGGAGGGGCCGCAGCUGCUGCGAAGGAACAUGUCCGACACAGACCUCGGCAGGAAGUGGGACCGGUGUUUGGCCGACACAGUCGUGAAGCUGGGUACAGGAUUUGGAUUGGGAAUUGUUUUCUCACUUACGUUCUUCAAAAGAAGGAUGUGGCCAUUAGCCUUUGGUUCUGGCAUGGGAUUGGGAAUGGCUUACUCCAACUGUCAGCAUGAUUUCCAGGCCCCAUAUCUUCUGCAUGGAAAAUAUGUCAAAGAGCAGUGACUUAUGACUGAGAACAUCCCAGUGGGAGGAAGAGAAAUCAUGUUUAUUCCUCAGGAAUAUUGAAGUGCCCUGGAGUAAGCUGAAAUUCUUCUAUAACAAUGUUAUCAGUAAAUGCUUUAUACUCCAGCACACUGUUUAUGUAUUUGAAACCAAGUCUGUUUCUUGUUUUGUAUUUUCUCUCUGGAAAUUGCAAGAAGAAGGUCUUAGGAGAAAUAAAUUAAAUAAAAAUAGGA